AUGCGAGAUGAUGUGUUGUAUGAAGAUGAUGAUGUAAAAGAAGCUCUGAGGAGGCUUCCGGAACCCGUUUACAACGAGAGAAUAUUUCGCAUGAAGAGAGCACUUGACUUGAGUCUGAAACACCAGAUCCUUCCAAAGGAUCAGUGGGUGAAAUACGAAGAG